UUUAAGUGUUGCUCCUAUUUCCCCCCAAACUCUCUUUUUUCAUUUCUUUUAUUUUACAUUAUUUUUGUUUGAGAUUUAACCCAUGUAAAUCCUUUGUACUAGAUAAGUUUUAAUUCUUCUUCUUCUUAAACAAAUUAAAAGGUAGCUUUAAGUUAAUUUUUCAUAUGUUGAUCCAUUUAACGAUGUUUCCAAUAUUAUUUUUUUUUGCUGAAACCGUUGAAAAUCAUCCGAUUGACCCAAAAACCGAUUAACCCGAACCCAUAUGACUCGAUCCCUCAAAAUGGUUCGAUAUGGACAUGUAUUCCUCACCCGUGGAUUGGGCCGAGUAAAGCUUUUGGGCCUAUACCGACCCAACCCGACCCGUUAUCCACCCUAAGAUAGGGGUUUGUUCGUGUUAAACUAGUACUUUUUUUUUGGGUAGCAUGUUCAACUAGUGUUGUACUACUGUUUUAUUAAUAAAAGUGUAAAUUAUUUUGGUAAGAUUAGUAAAAGUGUAAUAAUGUUCAUUCUUAGAAAAAAGAAAAUCUAUGAAUUAAUUAUCUAAGUUAAUCCCUGAUCUGAAAAAAGAGAGUAGUGGAAUGACGAUACUAACCUGAGUGACAGGUAGACUGACUCAGAGAGACGUUGAAGAAGAAGCAACCAACAACAACAACACAAUUGAUUUGAGACUGAAAACUGAAAACUCCAUCAUAGCUUCCAACCUUUCAUAGAUAGCAUACCAUAAUCAUCAUUCACAGAAAAGACAUCUUAACUCACUAAACACCAUUUCCAUUGUUCUUAUCCUUCUUCCUCUUUUCUCCUUUACAAAAAUCUCUCUCACCCAAACACAACACAACAAACACAAUUCUCUCUCAUUUCAUUCACCAUGCCUGGUCUCGUUUCCCCAGGCGGACCUCCGCCCCGUAUAACUUUACCCGAAACCCCAACUCAAAGAUCCGAACCAUCCAAAACACCAUCACCACUCCCCAAAAAACCACCCUCUCCUUCACCUUCUUCUCGCUCCAAGAAAAAAACCCCCGAAACCCCAAACAACAACACUUUACUCUCCGAAGCUUCACUCGAUAACCCAGAUCUAGGCCCAUUCCUUCUCAAAGUAGCCCGUGACACUAUCGCAUCAGGCGAUGGGCCUGCCAAAGCCCUCGACUACGCUAUCCGUGCUUCCAAAUCAUUCGAACGCUGCGCCGUUGAAGGCGAGCCGAGUCUCGAUUUAGCCAUGAGUCUCCAUGUUUUAGCUGCGAUUUAUUGUAGCUUAAGCCGAUUCGAAGAAGCCGUUCCUGUUCUCGAACGCGCGAUUCUUGUUCCUGAUGUUGAACUCGGCGCCGAUCAUGCUCUUGCUGCUUUUUCCGGUUAUAUGCAGUUAGGUGAUACUUUUUCGAUGUUAGGUCAAGUUGAUAAAUCGAUUUCUUGUUACGAUCAAGGUCUUCAGAUUCAGAUCCAAACCCUAGGUGAAACCGAUCCACGCGUCGGUGAAACGUGUCGGUAUUUGGCCGAGGCGAAUGUUCAGGCGAUGCAGUUUGAUAAAGCGGAGGAGCUUUGUAACAAAACGUUGGAGAUUCAUCGUGCUCAUAGUGAACCUGCUUCUCUUGAAGAAGCUGCAGAUCGGAGACUUAUGGCUUUGAUUUGUGAAGCUAAAGGUGAUUAUGAAUCGGCGUUGGAGCAUCUUGUUCUUGCUAGUAUGGCGAUGAUUGCGAAUGGUCAAGAUAAUGAAGUUGCUUCGAUUGAUGUAAGCAUCGGAAAUAUUUAUAUGUCGUUGUGUCGAUUUGAUGAAGCUAUAUUUUCUUAUCAGAAAGCACUUACUGUGUUUAAAUCUUCGAAAGGAGAGAAUCAUCCUUCUGUUGCGUCGGUGUUUGUUCGUUUGGCUGAUUUGUAUCAUAGGACAGGGAAGCUUCGCGAAUCGAAGUCUUAUUGUGAAAAUGCGCUUAGAAUAUACUCGAAACCGGUUCCUGGAACCACUGCUGAGGAGAUUGCCAGUGGUUUGACGGAAGUUUCAGCGAUAUUUGAAUCUGUUGAUGAUCCUGAGGAAGCGUUGAAGCUUUUGCAAAAGGCGAUGAAAUUGUUGGAGGAUAAACCGGGACAGCAGAGUACGAUUGCUGGGAUUGAAGCACGGAUGGGAGUGAUGUAUUAUAUGAUUGGGAAGUACGAUGAAGCGAGGAAAGCUUUUGAGAGUGCUGUGUUGAAAUUGAGAACUAGCGGGGAAAGGAAAUCUGCGUUUUUUGGUGUUGUUUUGAAUCAGAUGGGUUUGGCUUGUGUGCAACUGUUUAAGAUUGAUGAAGCUGCUGAGUUGUUUGAGGAAGCUAGGGGAAUUCUUGAAACAGAAUGUGGACCUUGUCAUCAAGAUACUCUUGGAGUAUAUAGCAAUCUUGCAGCAACUUAUGAUGCCAUGGGAAGAGUUGGAGAUGCAAUUGAAAUCUUAGAAUAUGUGCUGAAGUUGAGGGAAGAGAAGCUUGGAAUAGCGAAUCCUGAUUUUGAAGAUGAGAAGCGUCGCUUGGCUGAGUUACUAAAAGAAGCUGGCAAAACACGAGACAGAAAAGCAAAAUCUUUGGAAAAUCUUAUAGAUCCAAAUUCAAAGAGGACAAAGAAGGAGAGUACCAAGAGGUGGCCUGGUUUGGGGUUUAGAAUUUAAUUAACCACGUAUAAUUUUUUUUCUCUCAUCUGUUAUUAUUUUAUAUAUUGAUUUGAAUGCACAUUAUGUAACAUAGGAUAUCUUUGUAUAGCUUUGAAUAUGUAAUUUGGGUGCUUCCCUGUUUUCCUGCAUCUGUUGUUUUUUUCUUGUUUUUGGGUAAUUGUUUUUAUCAAUUGUGUUGUGACCUUUUAGAUGUACCCCAAAGUUCCAUUCCUGUUGUCCUUUUCUGGAAAAUAUUGAAAGCAAUUUUUUAUUCUGAGUGAAUAAAUUUUCAUGUGUGUUUUAUUCA